AUGUCGACCCAGUCCCAGUACGAGACCCACACUGCCGAUGGCGACCAGCGCAACGCGCCUGGCCCCAACCCUGAUGUCGGCAUGCAUCACGACGAUGACCGAAAGGACCAUGAGAAGGGUCAGCCCCAAUCACACCAGUCGCUCGAUUCCAAAGACGAAAAGUCGAUCAAGAACAAGCUCGCUCAGGCGGGCAAGGAGGCAAAGGAGGAGGCUCGGGCUGAGAAGGCCAAGCAGGACGAGAAGCCCACUGACGCCGCUCGUGCUAAUGGCAACGAGCCCUCGCGAGGCGCCAAAAUCGACGAGCAGAUCGAAGAAGAGGAGCGCAAGUUGCUCGAGGCUAAGGGCAUCAAGCAAUAG